UCUCUCAGUUCCCAGGCUCUUAACCAUCAGGUUCCUGGCUCCUGGUCCCAUAGCCCAGUACAUCCCUGCUCUCACCCUCUGUCCCAACCCCAAACCCUGCCACCAUGCUGCCAUCCCAGGAGGCCUCGAAGCUGUACCAUGAGCAUUAUAUGCGGAACUCGCGGGCCAUUGGGGUGCUGUGGGCUAUCUUCACCAUCUGCUUCGCCAUCAUCAACGUGGUGGUCUUCAUCCAGCCCUACUGGGUGGGCGACAGUGUGAGCACCCCUAAGCCCGGCUACUUCGGCCUCUUCCACUACUGCGUGGGGAGCGGGCUGACUGGCCGGGAUCUCACCUGCCGAGGCUCCUUCACCGACUUCAGCACCAUCCCGUCCGGGGCCUUCAAGGCGGCUGCCUUCUUCGUGCUGCUGUCCAUGGUGCUGAUCCUGGGCUGCAUCACCUGUUUCGCCCUCUUCUUCUUCUGCAACACAGCCACAGUCUACAAGAUCUGUGCCUGGAUGCAACUGCUUGCAGCUCUGUGCCUGGUCCUGGGCUGUAUGAUCUUCCCCGAUGGCUGGGACGCGGAGACCAUCCGGGACAUGUGUGGGCAGAAGACAGGGAAGUAUUCUCUGGGGGACUGCUCUGUGCGCUGGGCGUACAUCCUGGCCAUCAUCGGUAUUCUCAAUGCCCUCAUCCUCUCCUUCCUCGCCUUUGUGCUGGGUAACCGGCAAAACGACUUGCUGCAAGAUGAACUCAAGACAGAGAGCAAAGAUUUUGUUGGCUCUGCGAACAUAACAGAGAUGCUGCCACUGGGCCUCGCCCUCUCUGGAGGCCCCGGACUGGACUCUUUCCCGCCUUUUUCUGCCAACGACGGCUCAGUGACGUGCACCUCGAAGCCUCAGAUGCUGCCAUCCUCCCUCGGGCGGCCUCCCCGAGACCCUGCUCUCCCCAGCCAGCUCACCUAAGAGGAAGAUGACCUGCCUGGAGGGAGGGAGCGUGGAGUUCCGGGGUCACUCCCCCUCCCCCUUCCCCCGACACCCCACUAGCCACCGACCCCUCGCGUCCACCGGGGUCCAGACAAGGCCGCUUUGUGUCGAACAAAAAGAGCGACUGAAUUAACUGCCGAGAUUCUGAGAUGCUGGGGAAGGCUCCUGGACGGCUUUCCCUCCAUCUCCCUCCGUCCGGGACCCCUGCCCCCUCUCUCUCCCUUUCAUGCUGAACAAGAGCAACUACCGGACCUGGGCCGGAGGGGAGGGGGGCUGCUUCCCUCCCCCUCCUCCUGACCCCAUCUCAGGAGGACCGCUCCACAGACUGGGCCCAGCCCCCCAGCCCCCAGCCCCGCCCCGGCCUGGGCCCGUUUUGUACAGCACAGAAUUCUCAGUUCUUUUGUUGGGGGGGAUGGGGGGGAGAAUGGACGAGGGGCCCGGAGACGAUCAUUCCUCUCCUCCAUCUGCCGGUGGCAGAAACUGUCCUGUUUCUUUGAUACUUUUAUGUGCAACUUGAACUUGCAGCUCACCUCCAAACAGGGUACUCCCCAUCCUUCCCCCCUUCUUCUCUGCACCGCCCCUCCUCCCCGGCCAGGGGACUCCACCACCACCACUUCAUGCUUUAAGCCCAUCGUUUGGGAGACUUGAAGGGGCUGUAAAUGGGGCCAAGGGAACAGGUGAACGUGAGUGUGAGUGUGAGUGUGAGUGUGAGUGUGUGUGUGUGUGUGUGUGUGUGUGUGUGUGUGUGCGCGCGCGAGCGUUAGGUUGUCAGAGAGACAAUGGGCUUCUUGCCUUAUCUCCUUCCCCCACCCACCCACCCUCUGCCUUUCUUUCCAGAGUGGAGAAAUGGGAUGAGGGACACCGGGGGAAGUUCACGGGGUCCUCUGGAUUGUAGGAACAGAGCCACUAGCCUUGGGGACCUCAAGGGGGUUUGAGCCCCUUCUUUCAACUCCUUCCCCUUUUCUCUCCAAAAGAGUGGGUGUUCCCAUUCACAGUCUGUCCCAUCGCUCAUGUCCAUGGGAUUUAGAUUGGAUUAUGAAGAUCUCUCAAAAAUAGCCCCCCACCGUGGGCCAGAACCCUAGCUUACACCCCUAGCCUAGCAGGAAAAUGCAGAGCUCCUGCUUCCAUACAGCCAAGUCCCAUUCCCUUUCCGGCUAAGAGGCUAGGUCCCGGAUGGUUUGGGAUAGGGUGGGCUCUCAGACAUCCCAGACCCUUUCCUUCUGUCCCCACCCAGGGGAACCGUUCUACUCCUCCAGCUCCACUCUGGCCCCAGCACUGUGCUCCCUUCCCCUCCCCUUCCUCUCUCCCCCUCCCAAAGAACUUCAUAAAAAACUCAACCCAAACCACACAGCAAUGCUACGAUACAGCUAGAGAGUGGGCAUGUUGGUCCCGUGAAUGUGACGGGACGCCAGGUCUCAUCCCAAAGGCGAGGAUGGACUCAUCCGGGGGUGGGAAUGGCACGAGAACGAGCUCUUUGAACAUACACACCAAAGGUCAACAUGAGAGGGCUCCAGGCGGAGGAAAAGGCAGAGGACAACAGUGAAACGGGGAGGAGAUGGAGGGAAGAGACCUAGCGAGCACAAAGGUUACAGAGGGGAAGGAUGGAGAGAGAGAGGGAGAGAGGACUGGGAGGAUGGCAAGAGAGGGAGGCGGAUUUGGAGUAAGAGAGAAAGAGGCGCAAAAGAGCAACAGCUGGGAAGGGAGGGAGACAAGUAGGAGGGCAAGAGAAGCAGAGGUGAACUUAGGCGAAGGGAGACGGAGGAAAGGAAAGAUUACAGAGCUUUGAAGAGGAAGAGGGAGAUAAAGUUGAGUGAAAGGGAUGGGAAGGCAGAUCUGGAGAGUAAAAGAUGGGAAAGGAAGAGGGGUACAGAGAUUAGAGAGAAUUUGGAAAAAAAGGAGGGAAGUGAAGAGUGAGAAAAAGUAACAGGUGGGGAAGGAAAGGCAGAUAAAAGCUGGGGAGAGAGGGAGAGGGAAACAAGGACAGGGAAAGAGGGAGAAAGAUUUUGAGAAAUGGGGAGAGAUACAGGGAGGUAGAGAUGGAAAGCAGUAAAAGGAAACAUGGGAGAGGAGACAUUUAGAAAGGCAGGGAGGCAAAGUUGGGGCGAGAGGGAAACAGGUGGGGAGAAAAAAGGAAAGGUAGGAAGAGAGCGAAAGGGGUGGAGAGAGAGGAGGCAGCAAAGAUGGGGAAAGACAAAAGGAGAGGGAUACAGAAAUUUGGAGAGAAGAAUAGGGAGGGACAGCUGGACAGCAAGAAGGAAAGACAGAUGGGGAGAGGGGAGGAAGACAGGCAGGGAGAGAGAAAGGAAGACAGAUGGGGAGAAAAGAGGAAGGCAAAAUUUUAAAAUGGGAAGCAGGGAUGGGGAGAUGGAGACAGAUAGAUGGGGAAAGAAGAAAAAGGGAAAUGGGACAGAUAAGAAGAGACCAAUAUGGGGAGGGAGACAAAUAGAACUAGGGAAAGAUGAAGAGGAAACAUUGGGAGAAAUGGGAGGGAGAGGGACAGGGGAAAAAGGAAACAGAUGGAAACAGGGGAUGUUUAGGUGGGGAGGGAAACAUGGGGAGGGAAAUAGAAAGAGACAGAGGGAAACGAGGAGGGAGAGGGAAUGAAACAGAAAAAGGGAAACAUGAGGAGAGGGAAACAUUCAGAGGGUGGAAAAGGGAGGUAGAUGGGGAGAAAGAGAAACAGAUGGAGAGAGCAACAUGGAGGAUGACUGAGAUGUGAAGGGAGGAAGGCUAGAGAAACAGGUAUGGAUAGGAGAAAGGGACAAGGAAUUGGACGGGGAGAAAGGGAGGGAAGCAUCACAUGGGGAAGGAGACUGAGAUGUGAAGAGAUGGAGGUAGGGAUGGGGAAAGGGACUGUUACUGUGAGGACCCCCCUCCCCCCAACAAAGGGUUGAAAGAAUCCACUGGAGCAAGUGAAGAAUGAGACUAAGCCCCUGGUCGGAAUUUCUUGCCUGAGGCGGGUUGUGGGUGGGGAGGGAUGGCACGUACCCUCCCCCUGCCCAUAUUUCUCUGGGUCUUUCCUCGGCACACACUCUGGGACAGGGUUCUACUGGAACUCCAAUAGGCUGAGAUGGGGGUGGGGAACUGAGCUCCGCUGCUUCCUUUAGCUGAGAGUAGGGAGUGAGGAGAGCCGGGUGAGCUCCACCAGAAGGCAGAGCUCCCAUUCUAACCAAGCUGAGCCCUGGGAAGAAGAGGGAGCUUGGAGCCCCCAAAAGACAGAUCUGCAGGGAAAGAAUGGAGGUCCAGCCUCUCUGAAGUUACCACGCAGGGCUGUUGCUCCCCAGGAGCAGACUGAGAGCUGUGGGAAUGGGACUGAGGGACAAUGGGCUCCCUGCAGCAAGACAUAAGGAGGUUUCUCAGAUCUGAUAGGGUCAGGACCAUCAGCUCGGACCGGACGCUGGGUGCUUUGGCCAGCACUCUCUGGGUGGGGCUGAAGCCCACCCAGGUCCCUCUUCCUUGGCAGCCCAUCCACAUGAAAGAAGUGGUUCCCGGAGGAGGAAGGGCUAGGGUUGGCUGGGCUGCUUCAGUCACAGGGAGACAAGGGAAAAGGAGCAGGAGGGAUGUCCAGCAGACAGAUGUCCGGUGUCUAGACUUAAUGAGGCUAACGGGGCAGCUGGACCUUGCGCUUCAAUAAAUGAAUGGAUGAAGAAGCGUUUAGGGAUUGCUUGCUGUGCUAAGUGCUGGUGACACAGAAAAGCAAUAGUUGUGUUCUUCAGAAGCCCACUGGGGCUGGGAUGGACUAGUGGGCAGAGCGCUGGGCUGAAGUCAGGAGAUCCCAAGCUCAGCUCCGGCCUCAGACACUUAACACUUACUGGCUGUGGGACCCAAUUGCCUCAUCCCAACCCUCCAAAAAAGGCCCACAUUCUAAGAGAGGGAGACCCCCUUACAGGGAAUCUCAGCUGUAAACCGGAGGCCCCUUGUCCUUAGAGUGCAGCAUCAGUAACGGAGUGUUUGGAGUUGUCUGAAAGCCUCUCACUUUGGAUUCGAUGGACCUAAGUCAUAGGUUCUUAUUGUGGGGUCCUUGGAUUCACGGAUAAAUUUCAGGAGCUCUAAUGAACUUGGAUGGGAAAAAAUUAUCUUUAUUUUCACUAACUGAAAUUUAGUAUUUCCUUCAAUUAUUUGAAACACAAUCCCAAGGAUUCACCAGGCUUCAUCAGACUUGAAAAGGGGUUCAUGGCACAAAAAGGUUAGAACCCCUGUCCCGAGCAGAGGCACCUAAACUUUCCCUGACUCCUCUGCCCUGGCCCAGAAUCUGGGAACAGGUAAUGGCCAUCCCCCCAACCCAGGAAGCUACCCCAGAGAGGACAUGGAUAUCAUCCAAUCAAAGGGAUACCUGUUUACCUUGAGUUGGGAAUCCUCAGAGGAACUGACUUUAAUGGGGGAAAGAAAAUUCCAUCUUUUGGAGACCCGUGGGAAAAAACCGCUCAAUCUGGGGAAUUAUAGGUUUCAGGCAGAAUAAAAACUCUUCACAGACCAACUAUUGGAAUUCAUGGCCUGGUGAUAGGGGGAAAUCAGAGACAGGAGCAAACUUUUAGAUUAACAGAGGAAGGGGGGGUUGUUGAUGGUGUAGCAGAGCUCAACAAACCUCCCAGUGGCAGUGCCCUCCUUCAUCUGGGACUGGAAUGAAACUUGGGGAAGGGACGACAGCAAUGUCCUUUCUACAAAAGCCAUGUCCGGUCAAUAUCUCAACCAAGCUGGCCCUCCCCCAGUUGCCAUCCCCCCCCCCCCCGGGCCUGGGGGUCCUGCCAGGCGUAGUUGGGGUGGGAAGGGGGGGGCUCCAGUCUCCAAACAGGCGGAUGCUCUGUCCCCAGUGCUGGUGGUAGUGAUGGUGGCGAGGGUCCAGGGACAUCCGUUGUUAGCCUAGCUUGGUCUUGUGAAUACUUCAUCAGUCAGUACAGUUUGAAUGUAUCUUCACUCUUCAUUGUUAGACAUGGCAAUCUCAGUUUUGGUCCUGGAGCCCCUUCGAUGCCGGAUUUUAGCUUCAGUGCAGGUGGAAUGGUGUUCAAUAAAGGAAUUUAUAUCACCAGUUCUGAAUUCUGCUUAUUCUGAUUCAACGAUUGGCUCCCUGACACCCCAGUGAAUCAUGGAAUGAUAUCCUAGGUAGGUUUUCUUGGGUGUUCCCAGUACUUUCCCACUGUAAACUAACCUACUU